CCGGCUUGGGGGAGUCCGAGCCGGCACUCUCUUCCCCGCGUUCUGGAGCUUCUGGAGCAGUCCGGGUGGCGAUCGGAGCACUCCGGACCGGAAUCGGACCAUUCCUGCUGGGCCGGAUCAAUCGAAGCAUCUCGCAUUGGCUCCACUGCCAACCCAGGCGAUGAUGGCCUGGAGGAUCAUUCUUCGUUCUUUUGUGUUUGCUGGUUAACGCAACCUCAACAACCGGCACGAUGCAGCGCUUUUGCCAGAGAGUGUCCCGAGCAAAUCUACACCAACCCCGGUGCCGCGAUGGAGCCCGGGGUUAUGCGACAAAUCUAUCGCAUGGCCCGAUUUUCGGUGUCGACUACGGAAAACAAAUCCGCGCCCUUGACGCGCUCAAGAGGGGAUCGAAGCGCCCGUUGACCUUGGCGGAGAAGACCCUAUACAGUCAUAUGUUUGAUACGGAGAGUGAUCGCUGGAGUAUAGAGGAGAUCACGCGCGGGAAAACCAUCUUGGAAUUGCGCCCCGACCGCGUUGCCUGUCACGAUGCGACCGCGACAAUGGCUUUGCUGCAAUUCAUCAGCGGAGGACUCCCGCGAGUCGCGGUGCCGACGACUGUGCACGGCGAUCAUUUGAUCAUAUCAGAGCAUGGCGCAGAAAAGGACAUGAAGCGAGCAAUCACUGAGCAUGCAGAAGUUUAUGACUUUCUGAGUAGCGCUUCGAGAAAGUAUGGAAUUGGAUUCUGGAAACCCGGAUCGGGAAUCAUCCACACGGUGAUUUUUGAGAAUUAUGCAGUACCAGGGGGCUUGAUUAUCGGCACGGAUUCCCACACCCCAAAUGCGGGUGGAAUGGGCAUGCUGGGAAUUGGCGUGGGUGGCGCCGAUGCCGUGGAUGCCAUGUCGGGGAUGCCCUGGGAGUUGGUUACGCCGUAUGUGGUCGGGGUUAAACUGACGGGGGCACUUCAAGGAUGGGCAUCGACCAAAGACAUCAUCUGUAAACUGGCGGGGAUUCUCGGGGUGUCGGGUGGCAAAGGUCGAGUCAUUGAAUUCUUCGGACCGGGCACGCAGACGCUGGGGGCGACGGCCAUGGCGACCAUCUGCAACAUGUCGGCGGAGAUCGGAUCGACCUCGUGUAUAUUUCCCUACUCGGAGGCGAUUGCCCGUUACCUGACUGCCACCGCACGCGGUCAUGUCGUCCCGGCAGCUGAAGCUGUCAAGGACGUUCUGCUUACCGCAGACCAGGGAUCGGAAGAGUACUAUGACCAAGUGAUUGAGAUCGAUCUCAGCACGCUGGAGCCACACAUCAACGGCCCAUUCACUCCGGAUCUCGCCCACCCCAUCUCCAAGUUGGCAACAGCGGUAUCGCAGAGCGACUGGCCGGUAGAUCUGAGCCAUGCCAUGGUGGGUAGCUGUACCAACAGUUCGUAUGAGGAUCUGGACAAGGCCCGGCAGUUGGUGAACCAGGCCCGUGCGGCAGGAUUAACCAAGUUCAAAACUCCAUUUUUAGUGUCCCCAGGUAGUGAGACCAUCCGGGCCACGGCCGAAGCCGAUGGCAUUCUGCAAGACUUCGAAGAUGCCGGCGCCAUGGUCUUGAGCAGCUCGUGCGGACCGUGUGUCGGGUCCUGGGAUCGCAAGGACGUCGAUGUCCGUGGCAAGGAAAAGAAUUCGGUCAUCUCCAGCUACAACCGAAACUUUGUCGGGCGCCAUGACAGCAAUCCGGCCACUCACUCAUUUGUCACGUCCCCAGAGUUGGUCACGGCCUUUGCCUAUGCCGGCCGCCUCGACUUUAACCCUCUCACCGACAGUAUCCCCGUCGAGGGGGCUUCCCCGCUGCGCUUCAAGGCUCCUGUGAGUCAGGAACUGCCCGCCAAAUUUGAUCGGGGUAUAGAUUGCUUCCAAGAGCCUCCGUCUGACGGCUCAUCCUUGUCGGUGACCAUCGACGAGCGAUCCGAGCGGCUACAACUUCUGCAGCCUUUUCCGGCGUGGAAGGCUGGAAACGCGACCGACGUGGAGUUGCUGAUCAAGGUGAAGGGCAAGUGUACUACCGAUCAUAUCUCCCCGGCUGGUCCGUGGUACAAAUACCGGGGGCAUUUGGAAAACAUCAGCAACAAGAUGUUCACGACCGCAACCAAUGCUUUUCUGGGGAACAGCCCGCAAAUGCUCGGGCACACGAUCCACCCACUGACGUCGGAAGUCGGGCUUGCCCAUGAAGUGGCCCGGGACCUGAAACGGCGUGCAGUCCGGUGGUGCGUGGUGGGGGACCACAACUACGGCGAGGGCAGCUCGCGGGAGCAUGCCGCGCUGGAGCCUCGCUACCUCGGUGGCGUUGCCAUCAUCGCUCGGUCUUUUGCCCGGAUUCACGAGACCAACCUGAAGAAGCAGGGGAUGCUGCCGCUGACAUUCCGUGAUGCAGCUGACUAUGAUCGAGUGCAGGAGGGGGAUCGGAUCACGUUGAUUGGAGUAGAGGAUGAGCUGCAACCGGGUAGUGAGGUCACGAUGCGGGUUACUCCGCGCAAGGGAGAGGUCUGGGAAGCUCCAUUGAGACACAGCUACCAUGCCGGGCAGCUCCCUUGGCUGCGAGCUGGUAGUGCAUUGAACCAUAUUAAGGCUACCGUCCAUGCUUGAGUGAUAUUUGUGGCGUGUAUUGGAGUAGCGGAAUAUAUAGGACGAAUUUGAGUCUGCUAUGCUUGCAACUGACCCGGACAUCUGGUCGACGAUACCAAGGAGCGUACCACAGGCUGUACUCAUGGGUAGCUCCGGCCGGAGUAGCCCAAGCAAGCCCCAGAUUCCCUCGGGUGUAC